AUGAACUGGAAGAUCGCCUACAUCAACCGUAUCAAAACUCUGUGUCAGAUGGAGAGUGCUGCCCAACCAGACACAGUAGACUGGGACCAGCUCUCCAGUCAUGUGAAAAACCAUGCUGCCCACAAGGGUGAACUUAUUUUCAAUAGUUUUCUGCCAUCCAGUUCCAUCAUUGAGCUUACAACACAAAAGAAGGUGCUUUCUACGUUACGCUCGUCGAAAUUCAAGGGGAAAGAACUUAAGAAGCUGGUAGAUUUUGUGAUAGAAAACGAUGCGCGAAGAACAUUCCUUUGCCUUGCUUUCAUCGAGAAGCUUGAGCACCUACCAGAAUUCAUGAAUGCUAGAUUCACGGACAAGGACUUGCCCGUCACCAACAGCACAAACGCAAGGGAAGACACGCCGAUCUCUGGGCAACAGCUACUUGAUAAGACCUCUUUCAAUAUAGAGCGCCCUGCGGAGAACUUCCCACUCGAAGGAAGGAGUCGCGGAGAAUUCUUCGACAAGCAAUGGUCUUUUCUCUCCCCUGACUGCUCGAAAGGGUCAUUGAAGAUCCACGUCUUUCAUCCUAAUCGUCCUAUGGCAUACCUGCCUCCAUCGCCAAGCAAUGGUCCAAUUUCUACAUCCAAUUUCAGUGACGUGUGGAGAGUCCAUCUUCAUCCUGAUCAUUUUGGACAUCGACAGUCAUCGAGCUCGGCAGAGGGCUCGUCCAAGGGAAUCGAAGCUGCCCUUAAGAUAUUGAAAGUCCAAGGCGCCUCUGGUGGUAACAUUGAGAAAUUCUACCGCCAAGAAACUCAAACCCUUCAGCAAAUGGCGAACAUGGAACACGACCAUCUCAUCAGGGCCAUUUUCGUCUACAAAUGGGGCCAACGCAGGUGCUUCCUGUUCCCAUGGGCCCACGGUGGUAAUCUUAAUGAGUUUUGGAAGAGUUUUGACAGAUUGAAGCACAGCAGCAUGGACUUUGUUGCAUGGUCCCUUGAUCAGAUGCAUGGGAUGUUUGAGGGCCUGAACAAACUUCAUCAACAGAGAAUCCGCCACGGAGAUAUCAAACCCCAUAACAUUCUCCAUUUUCCGCAAAAUGGCCCGGGAUCGGCGUCAGGGAGACUUAUUAUCGCGGAUGUUGGGCUUUCAAAGUUCCACCAAGAAUAUACUGCGGAUCGAGACAAAUAUACCUCUACUACACAAUGCACAGUUAUGUAUCAACCGCCGGAAGUGAAAAAAAGCAAGCGAUCACGACUUUUUGACUACUGGUCGCUCGGCUGCGUUUUUCUGGAAUUCACAAUUUGGAUUUACGAUGGCUACGGCGGUCUUUACAACUUUCGCAAAGGUUUAAAGGAUUCACAGCCCACUCUAUCUGAAGACAAGAAACCUAGAUUUUGGGAUUAUGAGAGGGAUCAAAAGCCAAAACUCAAUACUAUUGUUGAGAAAACGAUGGCCGAAAUGCAAAAAAGAGAUUCACCAUUAGCCAAUGAGUUGAUUGAACUAAUUAGGACAAAGCUCUUGAACAUCGAUCCUUACCACGCCAGUAGGUUGAACCUAAGCCAGCAGUUAACAAUCAAGUUGCUAAUAAGAAUACUGGAUUGGCCAUCACUUCGGCCUGAGAUACAGUCUCCAGCCUUUUGCAGACAGUGCAGCAAUAUCAACUUUAACCAGUCGAAAUGGAACCUGUGUCGUACUAUACAGGAGUUGAAACGUGGUUCGCAUGACUGUGCGCUAUGUCAAUUUUUCGUUCAGUCAAUUGCAGAUGCCAACCUGAAGAGCGGAGAACCAGUUGUUUUGAUCCGCGACAACAAGUCUCAUGUGGUUCGGCUGCCUGGGCAAGGUUUCCCGGUGAUUUCAUUGUACUCCGAGCCGGACUUUGCGAACAAGAAUUUAUCAGCUCCGCCGCCUGGGCUUCCGCUGCUCACAAAGAUGGGUAGUCCCCAGCAGAACAAGCUUCUAAAUGCAUGGAUCAACGUCUGCAAUAAAACACACAAGUGCUCCUUGGACACGGCAAACAUGAGCACCCUAGGCAGAUACAUGCCCACGAGGUUGAUAUCUGUGGGCCACGACCACACUUUUACCAUUCGCCUAGUAGACUCGAUUAAGCUGUCCCAAGAUAAGUACGUGGCUCUGAGUCACCGCUGGGGAGAUGUUUCUAACCAAGAGAUGGUCCGCACAACGGUUAUCAACAUUGAUGAUUUCAAGAAGGAAAUCCGAUUCGAAUCACUCCCACAAACCUUUCAGGAUGCAGUCAAACUAGCUAGAGUAAUUGGUGUUCCGUUUCUUUGGAUUGAUUCUCUUUGCAUCAUCCAAGGAGAUGAAGAAGAUUGGACAAGAGAGGCUGCUCGAAUGGAAGACGUUUUCAGCUCCGCUUACUGUGUUAUUGCAGCCACAUCCGCCAAGUCUUCCCUUGAAGGAUUCUUGGGCGACAGAGAACCGCGCCCUUCUGUUGCUGUAAGGGCUUCCGGGAAUAGGAUGUACUUAUCAAAGUAUAUUGAUGAUUUCGAGAAGGAUGUGGAGCAUGGCCUUCUCAAUACACGAGGAUGGGUGCUUCAGGAGCGAGCUUUGGCUCGUCGGACGAUUCAUAUAACGUCUACGCAGAUAUACUGGGAAUGUGGGCAAGGCAUUUAUUGUGAAACUUUAGCUCAACUUGAAAAUCCCCAGUCGCGGUUUCUCGGAGACGCACACUUCCCAGAGUCAUCAUUCCGGCACUACAAGUACAAGGAUGAGUGGAUCCGGCUGCUUCAGUAUAUACAGGAGCUCUAUAGUGGCCUUACCCUGGGAUACUUGACUGACCGCCCCAAAGCUAUGCUAGGUAUAGAGAAACGAAUAGCUCGGGUGUUCAAGUCGCAGGCGCUGUACGGUAUCUAUGAGGUGUUUUUUGCCAGAACAUUGCUUUGGACGGCGAGCGUCACGGGAGGACUAACUCGGAUUGACCCCAUGGGUGGCAAACGAGUUCCUUCAUGGUCUUGGAUGUCCUACGCGGGGAGGAUCACAUACAUGGACAUUCCGUUCAAGAAGGUGGUAUGGUUGAAAAACUUGAAAAGUCCUUUCGAUACCGACCAUUCUUUGAAAUCAUGGGACGAGCAUCUGUCCGGGGUGGCAAACAACUUGGUCGUCGAUGCGUGGGAGUCUAUGGAGGAGAUUGUUUUUGACUGUGGUUUUGACCAGAAUGAUCGGAAUGCUUGGAAAUGCGUCUUGCUUGGCAAAGAGGGGAGGGCUAGUUGUCGUGAGGAAUCGGUUUACUACGCCUUGAUAAUACGACCUGUGAUCGCUGCGGACUCUUCCAGGUAUGAGAGAGUUGGCGCUGGUAGACUUUACGACUGGCAGAUUUUACCCGAGACAGAAGCGGUCGCUAUCAUUUAA